CCUUGCUGAUGUAAUUCAGGUUCAAGAUGAUAAACUAAGGCCAUGAGAAUGAGUUAAAAAGUUUGAUUCUUAAUCUGUAUCUGAGACGUACUCUACAUCUACUCGCAAACAUUUUGUUUUCAAGAUACGAGGAGAGUCCUCGCUUAUUCUACGUGUAAACUCUUUUCUAUCGAUUUUUUUCGGAGAGCGCUUGAGGAACCUUAACUGGCACACAGCCGUAGCCUACUUCAGGGCCCACAGGUAAUAGAUAUCCUCAUCCCCAGUGUGGCUCCGGCAAGCUCGACGACGCUGCAGCAGAAGACGGAAGCCGCGAAUUGAGCUCUUGCACGAUCACCCGCGGCCAAGUCUAAAAAUGAGAAAAUUUCUGAAAAAAGUCAUGCAGCCUCGCCCGGGACUCAAAAGUCCGGGGCUUCUGGCAGCUCUGGCUCUGGCGGUUGUGCUCGGAGGAGCCGCGACCCGUGCAGUUCGUGCAGCCAGUUCCUCUUCCACUGCGCUUCUCGCUGGUGCUACAGAUCCUGCUGGAAAUGGUCCUGGUCCUCUCCCAGCAGGAUCUUCGGUCCCGGUGCUUGCCGACCCGACUGCACCACACCAGCAAGAUGAUCAGCAUGAACCUGCGGCGGACCACCUCCACAGCAACGUUGCCGACACGUCUGACGCCGAGCUGCCUGCGGUGCGGUUUAUCACGCAGUGCGUGACGGACGGGUCAGAGGGUCUUUCCACGCGUGCGAGGGAGAAAAUGUACUUUUUGUUCGAGAAACGGCGCUGGAAAAAUCCAGAGGCGCUGGACAUUCUCACCUACCUAGCGAACCUGCAAGCGGGGCAUGAAGCAGUUCUUUCCACGACCUCCUCUAGAAGUACUUCGCAAGACCGCUCGAUGUUCGCGGCCCUGCGGGAGAAGUAUCACCGGGCGGCCAACUGGUUCGAGGCCGUUCGCGUUCUGCGCGACGAGUUUUUUUGGACUGAGGAACAGGUGUUCGACGCAACCAUUCUACCGUCGACCGGUCAACAGUCGUCUUUCGCUGGGUCCUCGUCGGCCUCGACGACAACAUGGCCCUUCAACGAGACGGAAACGCGGGAGCAUCGGAAGCUCUUCGUGAUUGAUCAAUCGGCGCCUGGUGUCGAGGACGAGAUCGACCCCGCGCAACGAGGACCGGGUGAACAAGGUCGUGAAGGGUCAUUUUCAUCAUCGCAGCUGCAUCAUAACGUCGAAAAGGAAAAUCGGCAAAAGAACAUCAAUACCCAGACGAACCGUUUGCUGCAGUCGCUGCAGGAAAUUCCUUUCUUCACGGAGAGAAAUUCUUUCAGUUCGCUGAAGAGACACCCUGCGACGACGUACUAUGCGGUGGAAUUCCUGACGACGCGAAAAGGGGGCGAGAUGGGCUUUGGGCCCAUCGUGCCACCUCCAACCGCCCCGAACCCCCUGGUCUACGUGGAAGAUAUGGGGGCCAGGCUGGCGGUGGAAUUGCGGUUUUACAAACUGUAUGUGACGCACAACCGCGGAUCGUUCCUUUUCAUACCUGCGGGCGAAGACACCGCUGUGGACAUGCGUCACGGUCUGUUCAGGACACUAGGUUUGAACCCGCUGAUCCGCGCGCGUCGUUCUGCGGACGCUGAUUGGGCAGUGCCGCGGCACGAGAACAGGGAGCUGUGCGAGCGUUGGUACGUGUCCAAAGAAGUGGAGCUGCCCGGUCCCGACUUUGCAGACGCGGCCGUGCAGACGAUGCAACUGCACGACCAUACGCUGCUGCCGUGGAGUGUGAAACACACCGCCAAGUCCGCUCUGAACACCCUGCUCCCGCGCAUUUUUAGCGCACAAGAGGACCACAGGCAACGACCGCCAACGAGAACGAGGCUACGCUUUCCGCCGGUGGGGAAGCAAAUAGAGCAGAACCUGGUUUUGCCGUUCCAAGGAGCAGCAGGCCGUCUGGUGGGGUCUGUGAUGAACGGGCUGAGAGCGACGGUGUGGCGGUCGCCUUCCAAUAUAAGAGGAGGAAAAGCGCGUAUUGCAAUCGUAAUGAUUUCGUAAUAUUAAGUCAUCUUAUUCGACGAGGAUCAAAUAAAUUGGUUGUGCGACUUUCUGUUGCCUCUACAAACAGUUCUUCUCAGUGAGUAUGCUUGCUGUCUAUGAAGCCGAAUAUAAGUUCAAUUUUGCAUCGACAUUGUCGACUCACACUUAAGCCUCGGCUCUCAUUUUCGAAACUUUGGAGAAAUUUCUAGGCUUGCCUGUUACAACUGGCUCGAGUCUGGUGUACCAAAGCGCGACUGGGAAGAUUGUGAUGUCAGCUCUUUUCUUUCGAUGCGCAGGAGUUGUACCGCCGGCGCCGACGGCGUGGGAGCAGGUGCAGGCUUGCCCGGGCAUCGGUUGCAACAUUCUGCGGUUCUAUGGCAGCGGGGUGAUUGCGGAGGAGGAUCAGUUUUGGAGAAACAUGAUCGCAAAGGCUUUGCGACAGGAAUUUCACAUUAAUCUCGGAGAGGGCGCUCGCGAUGUUGAAGGUGAUCCACCCCCCGGUCCUGAGUACCGUGUCGAGGCGACCACCCGGGCAGAACUGUUGCAACACGCGAGCAACAGCGUAGAACACCGCUUCCGUCGACUGGCGCGCGAUUGGGACCUGCUGCGAAGGCUGUUCCCCUUGGAACAGCACACCCGCGGUUUCUUCCGCUUGCCCGGUCAUGGGCCCGGCGCUGGCCGACGUCUGGUGGUCCCCGUGCCGGAAGCUGCUUACGACGGCAUUUGCAGUCUCGCGUCCACUUGUAAGAAGAGGUUUUGUCCGAAAAGGCGAGCACCCGCCGUCUGCCGACGAAUUGCAAAGCGCGUGCGCGACGACUACGUGCACAAAAACUGCGCUUCGGGCGUGGACUUGGGAAAGGACAAGUUUCUAGUGACCGAGUGGCGGAAGAUUGAGAAUAUCGCAAACAUUUUGGACGAUGUGUGGCGGAAAGCGCCGGGGGCUUUGAAAACGGAGCUGCGAAAAGCUCUAGGCAUGGAGGCUCCUGCUCACGAAGCAGGGGAGCAGGAAGCAGCUCCAGGCGACCCGUUGGGCAAGUUUGGCUCGCAAUUUUUUCCGAAUCACGAGCAGAUCACGCUGGCCCGUGCGCGGUCCAUGGUCGGGAAAAAUGGGCACCUUCCCUUUCUGCCGUUUAUGGAGCACCCGGAGCGGAACCAGUGGGAGACGCAGGCACUGGAGAUCGAGUUGACCAGCUUGGUCCUAAAAAAGACGAUUACCAUCCUAGUGACACCUAUCGCAAGAGAAAACUGCUUCACUGGAAAUUUGUGCGAUGCAGGAAGAUAGUAGGUAUCACGCAACUGCGACAUCACAGAAACUUCCUAUGGUUUUGCGAGAAAUUGAAAUGCAAUUCCAUUUCUAGCCGUGCCUUCCAGUAGAAAGCGCGCAUACGAAAUCUCUUAUGUCAUGCGAAAGUAACCUGUUGCAUGCGAAAGAAACCUGUCAUGCGAAUUAUCCUCCAAUAUCUCUACAGUGAAAUGCUUUUUUCGCACGAUGCAGCCUUUCGGGAGAAGGGUAUCCUGAGUAAAAACAUCCCCACACCAGAGUCAAGAUGGGGAUUUUGCAACACAAACCUAGAACUUUUGGGGGUCACGCAUCACAGGUUGCAGUCCGUAGUGUAGUGCAGGUUCGCAAGGCCAGCUGCAUCAGAAAUCCAUCUGCUUAUCCUGUUUACAGCAUUACAAAUUCCAAAACAUGACUAAAAAUGCCUCUCCUUGCGAUGCGCAUUACAAAUGUUCCUGUCAUUGCAAAUCUGCAUGACAACUCUGGCAGCGGGGCGCACUGACAAAAAGAGGCGGAACGCAGCGAGGAGAGUGGCCUCGCUGUCGUUGCCGACCCAAGCAAAUUUGAUCCGUAUCGUAGACGUAAGCACACUGCGCAAAAGAUCCGGCAGCUUGUUUUUUGGCUGUCCCCCACUUAUUAGAUUGUCGUCAAAAAUUAGUGAUAGCGUUACUCCAUUGCCGCCUUUGCGAUAUUUUUUUAGCGGACCCCGCACCAGAUCCCUCAUGCCAUUCCCGCGCAGUAUUGAACACGUUUGACUCAAUCACAUAGACUCCCCUCGCUUCGGCACACCUCAUCUGCCUAGUCGCCCCUAGGUAGGUGCAGGAAUUUUCUGUGUGGGCUUUUUCUGAUUAAUUAUUCCGACAGGGGCUGCGUCUUUUUUUUCUGCCUUGCCAGCAGAGUAUGUGUGAAAGGGGGGGAAUUGACGGAAGUGGAGCGAGACCUUGGUGCUGGAGAAGAGGACAAGAGUGGAAAUGGUACAAACAAAAAACAAGCACCAAUAUACCCGCGCCAUCUGCUUAACUGUGUGAAUUAUUGUGUCGGCCCGGUCCUGUUUAGUCGCAGGUCGGUGUCCGUGAGAUCAGAAUUCACAUGUUAAGUAACGCACACCGGCUCCUAGCUUAAAAAAAAUGAUGAAUUUAUAUGCGAAUGGGGCCCAAUCAAAAAAAAAAAAAUCUGCAUGACAACUCUGGUGUGGGGACGUUUUUACUCAGGAUAAAGGGGUACGCGUAAUCAGGCUGGCGAAAGUUUCCGCGGCCUUCCGUCUGGGCUCGGGGCGAUGAUGCAGUUCUUGUAAAAAUCGGUGCGCGGAGGCGGAGCAACCGACGGGUUCACUGACUUGUAUUGGAAAUAAAGGAUGACGAAGAUAUCGCAAAUGCACUUUUUUACUUGUACAGGGGCGGCAGUCCCUCUUGACGAGAUUACUUUACAUAUAUCGAGCAUCAAAAUUAUACUUUGUCAGCGAAGAAUUUUUGACUUUCUACAUCUAGUAGUAAAUUUUCAAGACAUUAAUUCUGCAUGAAGAGCCGGUUUUCAUCAGCGGUUGCUGAGUUUUGUUUUUUUUUUGACUACACAACUAAGAUUCAUUUUUGUUUCGCAGUGGCAAUAUACGAUUAUUUCCAAAUGAUCGUAUAAAUUCGAAAGAAGCCCACUGAUGCGCUGCAGCGGGAAGGCGCACAGUGCUAUUUUACGCGAAAACGAAAUUUUUGGGCGAACGCGAUCGUGGGAUAGGUUCUAACAAGGUAGUUUCGCCAAAACUGCCUCACGUUCGAAAGAACUUGAUGCACUUCUAAGUCCACGUAGGCAAGGAAAAU